AUGGGAAGAAGUAACUCCACAGACCCGGUGAGGAAUAACGAGACUGAGCCAGAGAUCUUCCUCCUGACGGGUCUCUCCAGCCAGCCCCAUACUCGUGUGGUGCUCUUUGUUGUGUUUUUUAUCCUCUACUUGAUCACCAUCUUGGGGAAUGGACUCAUUGUCCUAUUGAUCAUAGCUGAUUCUCACCUCCACACUCCCAUGUAUUUCUUCCUUGGAAAUCUCUCCCUUCUUGACAUUUGCUAUUCUUCCAGCACGAUCCCACAGAUGCUGGUCCACAACCUCACAAAAAGACCCACAAUCACCAAUGCCAGGUGUUUCAUCCAGAUGUGCAUCUCCCUCUUCCUUGGUGUGGCAGAAUGCAUUUUGCUGGCCAUCAUGGCAUACGACCGCUAUGUGGCUAUAUGCAGCCCACUCCACUACACGCUCAUCAUGAACCGAAAGAAGUGUGGCUGGUUGGCUAGUUCCUCUUGGGCCUUGGCUUUCCUCCUGACCAUCGUACCAUCCUUCACAAUGAAGAUCCAACUGUGUGGACACAACGUCAUUGAUCAUUUUGCAUGUGAGGUGCAGGCUGUUGUGAAACUGGCAUGCUCAGACAUCACAGCAAAUGUUGACCUCAUGUCAGGCAGCAGUGUGUUUACCCUCCUUGUACCAUUUGCCUUCAUCCUGGUGACCUAUGUACGCAUUUCUCUGGCAGUGUUGAGGAUCCGUUCAACACAUGGUUGGAGGAAGGCUUUCUCAACCUGUGGCUCCCACCUUACAGUGGUUGGGAUCUUCUAUGGCACAGCUAUGGCUAUGUACUUGAGACCACAAAACAGAUCCUCAGAGCAGGACAAGUUUGUUGCCAUCGUCUAUGCAGUGGUCACCCCCAUGCUCAAUCCUAUCAUCUACAGCUUGAGGAACAAGGAUGUGAAGGAAGCUUUGUGGAGACUAAUGGGCAAAAACAUGGGUCCUAAAGGCUAG